AUGGAUAGUUGGAGUGAAAUAUCGCGAAUACCAGUCACUUCAUGGUCUAAUGGUGGCCCAUUGGUAGAUGCACCCAAUGUUACCUCACUACACUUCGAUAAUAGUCAAAACUUAAUUUGGUGUGGUGAUGCCAAUGGAUGUACUCGUUCAUUUACCAGUUCUACAAGUUCAGGAUCAUUAAAUCCUUAUCAAACCAAUUUACAAUUAUUUCCUUAUACAAAGUUCACAACAGCUCCUAAGAGAACGCCUGUUAUUCAACAUUUAUCACAUAGAGAUGGAAUUUUAUCCUUACUGAAAAACCAUUUGAAUUUCUCUCAUAGACGUGGUAUACCAAAAUUGGACAUUUCUGCUGAUUCAUUCACCGAAAAUGGAGAUUUAUUCAGUAAUUUAAAUACUAUGACAUACAAUUGUAAUUCAUUAAAUGACGUUGUUUUAGGAGCAAACUUAUCAUUAUUGAAAUUAGACUUGAAUAAAUCAAACAUACUAUCAUCUUUCAAUCACGAUGGUGGUAUUUCUUUGAUAAAUAAUUCAUCGAAAUUAUUAACACUUGGUAGAAAUAAUGGAUCAUUGGAGUUAUUCGACCCAAUCUCAAAUUCAUCAGUAAAGACAUUCAAUUCACAUAAUGGAUUUAUAUCUGAUAUGGACGUUAGAGGACAUUAUAUCGCCACAUGUGGAUAUUCCGUCAGACCUAAGAGGUAUCAUCACCAUCAGCAUCAAAUGGGUGCUCAAACGAAUGAUUAUAUGGUAGACCCAUUGGUUAAUAUCUAUGAUACAAGAAUAAUGAGAGCAAUUGCACCAGUUCCAUUCCCAGCUGGGGCAACCUCUGUCCGUUUUCAUCCAAAAUUACCUAAUAUUGUCAUAAUAUCUUCCAACACAGGUCAAAUUCAAUUUGUUGAUAUUUUUGAUCAGACCAAUGUAUACUUAUAUCAAGCUGAUUUAUCACCAACGGGACCCAAUCAAGGUAAUAAACCUCCACAAUUGUCCAAUCUUGAAAUUAGUGAUAAUGGAGAUUUCUUAUUGUUUAAUGAUAGUUAUUCCAAUAUGCAUUUAUGGUCCAUAACCAAUACGGGAACAAGUAGCAAAGAUUUUGUGAAUUUCCCCAAACCGAUCGAUCAACCAGAUGUCAUUGAGACUCCAAUUGUGGAUAAGAUUGGCGUUGAUGAUAUUGUUCCCUUGUCUUGUAUAGGUAUGCCAUAUUAUAAGGAUCUUUUGUUAUCGAACUAUGCCUCAGAUUUGAAGUUUACCAAAGAGUUAGCUAGGGUACCAGAAAAGAUAGAUAUUGAUUUAAUUAUCGAAUGUGAGAAGAAUCCAGGCAGAUUUAUUAGGUAUGACAAGGCAAAAUAUGGACCUCGAAAUAUAGUGAAGAAAUUUGAAUCUUUGAAUGACAAGAAUUCACAAUUGCCGAAGUUUAUAAGUGAGCGAAAGAAUGGAAAUGACGAAGAAAAUCAGGAUGCUGAAUCACAAGUGGUUGAUGAAAGUAUAUUCCAAUUUAAGAAUACAUCUCCUGCAAGAGUGCCGAAUUGUUAUUCAAGGUUACAAAUUCAAUAUUCUCGAUUUGGGGUAAGGGAUUUUGAUUUCAAUUAUUAUAAUAAAACUGAAGGGUUGUAUUGUGGAUUGGAGAAUCAUACUGACAAUUCAUAUAUAAAUUCAUUAUUGCAAUUAUAUCGAUUCCAACCUUUAUUCUUUAACAAAAUCGCAAACAAUUUAUUGAAUGAAUGGUUACCCAAUGAUAUCGAAACCAUCUUGACUAGAAAAAAUCCAGAAGGGUCUUCCAUAUUGACUGAGUUAGGAUAUUUAUUCGAUAUGAUGCACAAAGCAAAGGAUAACAACGUUAAGAUCUAUAAUUUUUCACAAGUUAUGAAUCAUAAUCAAGAAGCGAAUAUACAAAAUUUGAUUAAUUGCAAUGAUAUGAAGAAUUUGAAUUCACAAGAGGUUAGAAAUUUAAUUAUCAGCUUUAAUAAUUUCUUACUUAAUCAAAUAAAUCAAGAUUUACAUAUCCAAUCAAAUGAUUCCUUAGGUAAAUUUAUGCAAAUAAAUUAUGAAAUUGAAAUCCGAGGCAAUGCUCAUUCUUGUCCUAUAUUUGAUAAGAAGUAUGGAUCGAUGUUUAGUUUGGACUUAGUCACUCCUCCUAGUAAUAUGUUAACGAAGAUGAGUAUUCUAAUCAAUCCCGCAUUGAAUACUCAACCACCACCACCUCCGACUAUGGCAAAUAUCAGAAAGAAUUUAAAUAUCUUAACCUAUUUGGAAUAUUCCAUGAAUCAAUUCAAAACCAUCCCAUGUCAACAACAUCAACACGCAUAUCCACAUAAUUUAGAAAUUAAAACAUUGAUAAGCAAUCUACCACCAUUGUUGGUAUUGAAUGUAAAUCUUUCAAAUCAAGAAUUUAAAUUCAUAAAUGGAUUCAAAAAAUGGCUCGUUCCAGAAUUCUAUGCCAUCAAUCAAAUGGUUCAAACCAAUGGAAUAGCCGUGAAUAAGAUCAGUUUAAAACCAAUGAUUAGUCAGUUUGACAAAUUUUCACUUAAGUAUGACUUAUUGGGAUAUGUAUGUGAAAUCAGUGACAAAUCAGACUUGGAAAGAGGAGUACAUGGUUUAGUCACUUAUGUCAAGAUGAACGAUCAGUGGUAUUUAUUUAAUGAUUUCUUGGUCAUGCCGAUUCCAGAAGAAGAAGUGUUUAAUUUAACUUAUCCUUGGAAAAAACCAGUUAUUAUCAUGUAUCAAGAAAGUUCAGUUACAGAAGUUCCAUUUGAAUAUUUCCAAAGGGAUACAUUUAAUAAUUUACCUAAUUUGAAUUCAAAUAUACUUUAUCGUGAUCAUUUUGCAGGUGCAAUUCGAGAAGGAUAUAAGAAAGAAUAUGAAUUAUUGACCCGUGAGGAAGCACCUAGUCAUGGAACUUUGGUGGCUAUAGAUGCCGAAUUUGUGAGUUUGAAACCGGAAGAAUUAGAAGUUCGUUAUGAUGGAUCCAAGAAAUUAAUCACUCCUAAACAACUCUCGUUAGCUAGAAUCUCGGUAUUGAGAGGAGAUAAUGGACCCAAGCAAGGGAAAGCAUUCAUAGAUGAUUAUAUCGUACAUACUGCGGACAUUUAUGAUUAUUUGACAAACUUUUCUGGAAUUGAAGAAAAUGAUUUGGAUCCAACCAAAUCAUCUAAGAAUUUGGUAACGUUACAAACUACAUAUAGAAAACUUUGGUUGUUGGUAAAUUUGGGUGUUGUAUUUGUUGGGCAUGGAUUAUAUAAUGAUUUUAGAUGUAUUAACUUACAAGUUCCAUCAGAUCAAAUUAGGGAUACUGCCGAAUAUUUCUACAAGAGUGAUUUUAAACGUAAAUUGAGUUUGAAAUUCUUGGCAUAUGUGAUGUUGAAAGAAAAGGUUCAAACUAAUAAUCAUGAUUCUAUUGAGGAUGCAUACACCGCAUUGUUGUUGUAUAAGAAGUAUUUGGAAGUAACUGCAGUUGGUGAAUUUGAGAAUACGUUGAAUUACAUAUACUCCGAGGGACAACAGUUACGAUUCAGAGUUCCUGAAUAG